CUGAGUGAACCAGCAGAGAACAGCAGCCAUUCUAUAGGUUUACCUAGUUUAGGCUAGUUAGUCACAGUCACAAUACUGAUAAAAUUUCAGUUACAACGUAAGUUACGUUUAAAUGUCGCCCAGUCCUCAGAGCAGUUAGCUCGCUAGUUAAACUAAGUAGCAUAAGUAAGUUAGCUAGCGUUAGCAAAUUGACCUAGCUAGCGUUAACUAAGAUACAUAGACUAAACAGAGGCUCUCGGUUAUAGAUAUAUAACUACGAAGCUUCGUUAGUUAACGCUAAGUUAGAUUAUUUGUUUAUUUUUGUUUAUUUUUGUAUUCUUCUUAAGCUACUCGCCUUUACAGUGUAGCUAGCGAACUAGCUAACGCUAAACUAGUAGCGUUAUAAGUGCACUAGAGUGCCUGUCCUGACACUCCUCAGUCCUUAUGUCUCAUUGCUUAACACCAAUCUGAAGUAAAAGUUGUGUUUCUUCAAUUAAAUGAAACUUCUUAAGCACUCCGCUCCAUUUCUGAAUAAAACCUCUGUAACUAAAGGGUGCCCUAUUCUUCCUGAACCUAAAUUAGGUUAGUUUAACGUAAGAGAACGGUAUUCCGUACACAAUUCCGGUAUUUUCCGCAUUUAAGUGGAAAUCACGGAAAUACCCGCGGUCAAAUAGGCUGCAGUGAUUGGUCAAACAAUGCAAUAACAUUUUGAUUGGUUAUUUUUGGACCAAUAGUUUUCAAGAAAACCUAAAAAAAAUGGUGCUUCAGUAUUCCGUACACCUGCCAGCAAUCAAGCAACGGUAUUCCUUUCACUCGUGGUGGCUGUAUUUUGCAAACCGUCACCUCUGCCUGCUUCUGCUGCAUGAGGGCAUAAAACUCCUCACCUGUGAUGAUGCGAGCAGGCAUUGGAAGGCGGCGGACUCCACUCUCAAACCGAGGAGGAACAAGGAUGUGGGCCAGGCCUGGUGGAAGCACCCCAGCAUCCACUAGAGGGUUUGAUGGGGGCCUGUGGUGGCACGUUGGACAAGGCAUCAGGAUGGUGGGCUGGUGGAGCUGCCCACUAAGACUGUCCCCACAAUGGCUGCUGGAGUGGCCGCUGAGGUUGCCCUCACAGUGGCUUCUGAAGUGGCCGCUGAGGUUGCCCAAUUGGUGGCAGCUGGUGUGUCCGCUGAGGUUGCCCCCGUGGUGGUAGCUGAUGUGGCUGCUGGGCUUGUGGUAGCCAGUUUCACCGCCUGGGACAAAUCAAUUGCCUGUGGGCAAGUAGGAAAUAUGCCAGCUUUCCUGAACACACCUUUGAUGUUCUCAGGUGUGGCCGCCUUUGGGUAGCAGUACUUCAGCACCUGCGAGAACUGUUUUUUUCCCACCACUAUGUCCCCCCCCAUUUGGUGCUUUAGAGGGCCAAAGUUAACAUUAACUAGUCGAUAAAGUUUCCCCCACCCCUUAGCCUCAGCGUUGUUAACCCUUCCCCACCCACCAUUUUCGGGGCAGUGCGGGCGGUUCCUCCCUACCUACCGGGAUUUCAACAGAAAACACAACAAAUCAAGCUGCGCUCCUACCAACUUGCUGGAGUUAAGUGGCUAUCAGAAGGCAUGGGGAUUCUUGAAGGAUGCAUUCUUGGUGAUGAAAUGGGUUUGGGCAAGACCUGUCAGACAAUUUCCCUGCUGGCGUAUGCCCGAGGUUUUCUUGGCAUGGAUGGUCCAUUUCUGGUUGUAAGUCCUCUGACAGUUUUGGAGAACUGGAAACAGGAACUGGAGAGAUUCUGCCCCAGCCUGUCUGUGGUCUGUUACACUGGGAAUAAAGAAGAAAGGGCAGAGCUACAGAGAGAGAUUAACAGCAAACAAUUCCACGUCUUGUUAACUACCUAUGAGCUUUGUCUGAGGGAUGCACAGUGGCUGAAAAGGAGAAACUGGAAAAUUUUGGUUGUUGAUGAGGCUCACAGACUAAAGAACCAAGCAUCAAAGCUCCAUGAAACCCUUUCAGAGUUCUCUGUAGAUUUCAGACUUUUGUUAACAGGAACUCCAAUCCAGAAUAAUCUGCAAGAGAUCUACUCCCUCCUCACCUUCAUUCAGCCCAGCCUGUUCCCACAUGAUGCCACAGAAGAAUUUGUCAGUAGUUAUGCAGAUGUGCAAACUGAAGAUACACUAGUGAAAGAGCUCCACAAGGUGCUGCAACCGUUUCUGCUGCGUAGGGUCAAGGACGAGGUGGAGAAAAAACUGCCUCAGAAGAAAGAACUGGUGGUUUAUCACGGAAUGACUGCCCUGCAGAAAAAACACUACAAAUCCAUUCUGAUGAAAGACACAGCUGCAUUUGAAGCUCAUGGCAAAACACGCGCGCUCCAUAAUAUUUUGAUGGAGCUGAGGAAGUGUGUGAACCACCCUUACCUUAUAAGAGGUGUAGAGCCAUAUCCAUAUGUGGUAGGGGAGCAUGUGGUGGAGGCCAGUGGGAAGCUUUCUCUGCUGGAUCAUAUGCUGGCAUAUCUGCUAGAGGGUGGUCAUCGUGUUCUGCUUUUCUCCCAGUUUACGUUAAUGUUGGACUAUCUUCAAGAAUAUGCGGAGCUUAGAGGCUACGGCUAUGAGCGCCUUGAUGGCUCAGUCCGAGGAGAGGAGCGCAAUCUAGCCAUCAAGAACUUCAAAACCAAAGACACUUUCAUCUUUCUCCUCAGCACCAAAGCUGGUGGGGUUGGUUUGAACCUGACAGCAGCUGAUACUGUGAUUUUUGUGGACAGUGAUUUCAAUCCCCAAAAUGACCUACAAGCAGAAGCUCGAGCCCACCGGAUUGGACAGGAAAGGGCUGUAAAAGUAAUCCGACUCCUUGGUAAGGACACAGUGGAGGAGAUAAUUUACUCGCGCGCUAUGUCGAAACUGCAACUCACCAACACAGUGAUCGAGGAGGGACGUUUCUCUCUGUUGGAGAAUCCAAAGACUGCUGCCUCUGCUCCAGAAUUAAGAGACAUUUUAACGUUUGGAGUGGAUAAGCUGCUGUCGACAGAGACCAGUUCAGUUCAGAAUGUGGACCUUAAAUUGAUCCUGGGCUCUUCUAAGGAUGGCUGCUGGUUGAUGGAUGAAGAACCUGUGAUUCCAGUUGAAGAUGAUGAAGAGAAAGCAGGACCAAGCCAUAUGUACGAAUUUGAAGGGAAGGAUUACUCCAAAACCCCCAGUGCAAAAGACCGGGAAGUAUUAACAUGUCUGUUCGAGGAAGAGUUAGCUUUGAAAAUGGAUUUAGUGAAUGAUGGCCGAACACUACGCAGCAAAACUGGAAGCUUUUUGGCUGAGCCUCUGGCAACCCCGUCAAGAAAGAGGACUUUGACAGAAUCCCAGAUGGAAGAGAGGCGCCUAAAGAAAGAGGAAUCUAUUGCUAAGAAAGCCAAGAUACAAGAAGAGAAGAAGAGGCAACGAGAAGAAGAAAUAUACAAGAACAAGAUGGCACGGUGGGACUUGUGUGGGUAUAAGUCCUUGUGCUUAUCCUCUACUGAUAGCGAGGGAGAGGAUGUGGAUGAAGAUGGUGAAAACAGCAGUGUGAACUCUACAGACUCCGAGGACACAGAAAUUCAUUAUGUAAUUGGUGAUGUUACCCACCCUCAGACUCCACGGAUGGAUGCCAUUAUUGUUCAUUGUGUCGAUGACUCUGGGCGAUGGGGCAAAGGAGGGCUGUUUACAGCCUUGGAGGUCCGUUCUGAUGAGGCAAAGAAACAAUACGAACUAGCUGGAAAUAUGGAAGAUUUAGACAUUGGUCAUGUGCUGCUUUUUCCUAUUGAAGACAAGCAGCCAACAGUAAAUGGGCGAGACCAUCUUGCACUCAUUGUUGCCCAGAAAAGAGAUAAGUCCAACAAUGUGUCAGGCAUUCAGCUCACUGCUUUGGAAAAGGGUCUCAAGAAGAUCUACAGGGCUGCCAAGAAACUCAAAGCAAGUGUCCAUCUCCCACGAAUUGGUCACUCCACCAAAGGUUUCAACUGGUAUGGCACUGAGAGACUGAUACGCAAGCACCUAGCCCACAGAGGCAUCCCCACAUUUGUAUACUACUACAAGCAAACUCCCUCACAGUCUACUGUGGAGGCCUCAUCAUCUCAGGCAUCAACUUCUUUGUAUUACUGGCGUAGUCAUAGUCCUUGUGAUUCUGCCAUGGAGUCCCCAGAGAGCUCAAUCUCUUCACCCCAGGGUAAAGGAGCUCCUGGCCUGCCUGAUUUCAUGAAUGGUGUUCAUGUAUAUUUCUACAAUAUCGGUGACACUGACAAGAAGACGCUUGCACGCUACCUUAUUGCGUAUGAUGGUGACGUAGAAGACAUCAUGACUUCAGAGGUUACUCAUAUUGUAGCAGAAGUGGAAAGUCCAAAUCAAAUACAGGAAUUACGGCACUUUAACACCCAGUAUCCCCAGGCAGCCGUUGUAAGGAGGAAAUGGCUAGAGUCUUGCUACGCCAACCAAAGAAUUGUAAAUUCUUUCAAAUAUAACCAUAAGUUGAAAUGACAUUGCAAGUUCUUCACUGUCUCUUAAGGAAUCUCUCUUUGAAAUCUACACUUUACUAAAUUAUAAAUCUUAAAAGAUCAGUUUAUCUUGGUAAAAAAUUUAAUUUGUUUUAUUUAUGAGUCUUGUAAGAUUAAAAUAUUUGGGAAAAAAGGACUGAAAAUGAGAAAAUUAUUUAUUGAAAUGAGAGAUACUUUGAGAUAGAUAGAUUGCUCAGUUUUCCAUGGGUUAUAUGGUUGAUUUCUGAAUGUUUUACCACUUUAUGACUGUUGUUGAGAUUGGACACAUUCUGACUGAUUUAUGUUUUAUGGGUUACAUGGUUAUUUCUGAAUGUUUUACCACUUUGUGACUGUUUUGAGAUGGGAUAGUCUGACUGCUUUGUUUUAGAUGGCUGACAUGGUUGUUUCCUGAAUGUUGUAAAUAAAUGCCCAUCUAAAUAUGA